AUGGAGACGCCGGUAUUUACACGUGAGUUCAACGGUCAAGGAUGGGAGACUACAAGCACAGCUUGCAAAGAAUUGGUAAAGGCUGUCAUGCUAUGCCGGGAUAGCGUAUUGUCAACAUUUGGCGAAGCUGGUACACAGCCAAUGGAGGGCAAAUUACAGAAGCAAUUUCCGAGUACAGCGGAUGAGGAUAAUUUCGACAUCUUGGAAUAG